GUAUAUGAGGGCAGCCUUCAAGAGCUGUCGCAUCCAAUAUAAUUUUUGUAGAUAAUUCUCAGAAGCCCUGCAAGGAUAGAGAAAAUGUAGCGGAUGCCGCCAAGAAUUAAUCAUUUGUUUUUAAGGAUAAAUGAAAGAUAUUUUAUUUAAUAUCUUGAUCGUAGGCAUAUCUUCACCAAUAGGCAAACAUAUUGUUGAAUAUUUGUCGAAAGAGGUCCGGGAUAAAGACAUAUGUUGGGGCGUAUUCGACAAACACACGAAAAAAUUAAGAAGGCAACUGUCUGAGUUCGAUUUCAUGAAGAAAUGUAGCCAAAAUUGCUGGAUUUUUAACGGCAAUAGGAAAGGCGCGCGAAAUCACUACGCUGUGGAUAUAGAAUGGACCGAUUUAGAGAAGAUUGUAGAAAAAACGUCUAUAGUCAUAGAUAUAUCCAGAAAUAAAAAAGAGUCUAUGGCGCUUAUUAAACUCUGCAUUAGCCAUAGUACGCAUUACGUAGGAAACCUAAAAAAACUCAAUACAAAGAACCUCAAACCCAAGCAAAUAGUAUUGAUACCAAAUGCAGGAGCCAUGGAGACUAUGAUGAAUAUGGCCAUAAAUGACAUUCGGAAUCUACUUAGUUUUCACAAACUCAGACGAAUUAGCUAUUUGGCAGGGCAACGCCCAUUUCAGUACGCGUUUUCCAAAUACAUAUUCAAUAUCUGCAAAUUACAAAAAAUCUCAUGUUUCAAGGAAUCAUUAGACUGUAUUAAGACACCUUCAUCAGUCUGUAAAAAGGACAUGUUCACACCCCGCCUGUUUACAGAAAAUGAACAGCUGAUUCUGCUAAAAACGUUUCAGCAGCCAAUUACUUGUACCGAAAAAAUGUUGGUAACGCACGGAUACUAUGUUCUGAACAAGAACAGAAUAAGUACUUUUUGGGUUUAUUGCUUACUUGUUCUAGGAUUCCUCUUUUGGGUGCAUCUCUAUCCAUUUUUCUACCAACGUAAUAUUGGUCACAAUUCGGCAGACACGCUAUACGCACCGAUAAUAAAUACCAGCCACUCAAGUGAAUAUAGAGCCCUCGAUAUAGAAAGUAAUCUGGUAGUCGUUGGAGGUAUAGCAAACUUUCCUGCGCACUGGCAUACGUCAAGCAAAGCACCAUACAAAAGUGCUUAUGUCGUGGUCACCACACCGCAAAAAAAAAGCCACCUCGAGGUAUCAGCCAUCACCCUGUGCUCGUCCGCAUUAGCAUUGGCAAAUUGCCAGAAAUACACAUUCGGUAUCUGCAACCCAUUCACAAAUAAUGAAAAAGAGCUUAUUCGUAGGCUUCAUUACCACGAAUUCACUUGUAGCAGACUAAUAAAUUAA